CAAUAAAAGGAUGUGCCCCCUGUGGGCUGGUUUGCUCCUUCUCCUCUUUUCCUUUUUUUCUUUCGCCCCCACCAGUCCAUCGGUCUCUGCUCCUCGAGUGAUCCUUGAUCUGAACAACCCCCUCGCCCACAACAUCCCCCAUCCCCACCACCCCUUCUUCAAUAAUGGAUUCUGACUGGUGUCUCUUCUGCGAGAAGCACGUCCUCGACCUCGGCGCUGCCUACUGUUCAAAGGAAUGCGUCAGGAUGGACAAGCUCAUCUCUGUCGCUAACAAACCCUCGUCUUCGGCCUCGAUCUCUUCGCCCCUGACCCCGGUUUCUGCUUCGCCCUUCAAGCGCUACGCGCACUCGCCCAUGACCGUGACCUAUCCGUCCAUGUACCGAUCCUCGACUCUUGUCCCGACCUCCAUGUCCAGUCGCGGUGGUAUCAGCAAGAACGGCGGUGCCUACACCCCCAUCCCUGCAGCGACCACUAGCAUCCGGUGCCUGCCCGUCAGUCGAAGCACCACUCGCCGUCAGCCCUUGGUCCUUUGACCAACCUCGCUAUCCGUCGUUCCGACCCAUCCAUUGUUUGUUGAAAAGAAAGAAAAAAACAAGAAAAGCACUCAUGUACCAGUACACCCUCGAUCUGCCAGGAUAUUGAUUUUAUCCCACUUUGCAAAAAGAUGUGCCAUCGUGAAACGUACUUUGCCUUUCGCCCCCACCUCCCCCGACAACCCUCAAAAAGAAAGGAGCCUUGCCGAAUCCACCCAAGCUAUGACCGUACCGAUCUGUGAAAGUCCAGACGCCGGCCACUUGUCGUCAAGUAAAACAAACCCCCCUACCCCCUCAACCUCUUCCAAAAAAACAAUAAAAACCGAGAUUUUUUUUUUUUUUUGUUAUUGUUUAUUU